AUGACAGAGAAGCUCGGCAAGGUCUAUGAGAAAACCUUUGCAGAGAUUCGCUCCUCACUGUCAGGAGACACCUAUGCCAAUGUCCAUGACUGGAUGCAGGCAGAGUACUUGGCGAACCCUGCCCAGCUGAUGUCUGAGCUGAAGGAGCUGGAGGGUGAGUGCGGGCAGAUACUUGGGCUCCCAGGCUCCAGCAACAUCCAGAGCACAGUCCCUGACUCCUUGGUGACUGACCAAGAUGUACCCCGACGCUUCAAGUUGGCCCUGUGGCAGUUUGGCUUCCUGGCUGACAGCCAGCUCAAGGGGCCUGUCCAGUCAUACGCAGUGUCCCUCACCUGCACCCAGCGAGACAACUUGCAGAAGCUGAUGGUGUUCAAGAGAGGCUCAGAAGUGCAGCCAUUCACGGUGGCACUGGCCAUCGGAUCUGCUACAGUCAUGAGCUGCUUUCUGUUCGCAAUCUUCAGCAAAAGGCUCGACAUUCUCGCAGAGCACAUCACGGACGAAGAACUGCAAAGGGAGUUGGCCUUGCGCCUGAUGAAGACCCUUCUGCUCCACACGACGAGCUCUGGAGAUGACAAUCCCGACAGAAGAAUGCUUCAAAGCCUGGGGGAGAAGCGUGCAGCUGCGCAGCGCACGCAUCCGAGCCCCUUCCAGCACUGGUCUAGGGAGCAGCGCCUGCGCGACCUCAUCCGUGAGCAGAACGCAUCCGCGGUGUCAAAAGCUCGAGUGGGCACAGAGGAGAUGUCAGUGAUGGUAUUCCUGGACAGUGCAGGCCCUGAGACCAGGAAAAUCAUUGCGGCAGCCCACCAGAGCGAGGCGCCACAGUUCACGGCGUUCCCGCUGUCGCUUCUCACCAAGGACUUCUUGCACCCGAAGAAAGAGGAGAACCCGGUCUGGCAUGCGAUCCACGGCCAUUCCUGGGAGAAGGUCGAGUGGUGGGCCCGAAGGGUCUAUGGCAAAUGGGAGCAUAAGAUCUCCCAAGUGAUCCAGGCUGGGCAGGUUCACUACAACCACGCCUUCGUGAAGAUGUUGCCACAGGACCGCUACAAAGAGCUCAUGACCAUGUGGAACAGUGGCCUGGUGGACUCGAAGGUCAUGCCCGCCAUCAUGGCGAAGCGCAAGGAAUUUGAGCCGAGGGAUCUCGCCUUCCUUGCCCUGCAAGACGAUCGAGCUCCCCGCGACUUCCUCAAUCCAGCAGGGACUGCUGAAAAGCAGGAAGCUCUCAAGCGCCUGGUCAAGCAGCUCCAGCAUGAGCAGCGCGCCUGGCGGGUGUACUUGCAGAAGGCAAAGGCCUCCGACGACAUGCAGAGGGGCGACUGGAACGUCCAGGUGGCGAGGCAGCAGGAGCGCCUUGAGGAGGCCUGGCAGAGCCUCAGCAGUGCCUGGUGUGUCACGACAGCCGCCAAGGACACUGCUGUCCGGGAAAUUGAUGUCAUGACUUAA